ACUACACAGAAAAUGAGCAGUAAGGUAGGAGUGAAGGCCACACAUGAAGAGUUGCUACUGAAACAUCAGCAGUACCUGCAGAGACAAAGAGAUGGCGUCGCCUUUAGAAUGAAGAAGCUGGCAGCUAAACAGGUGGAGAUAACAAAAAAGACCAAUGCAGUGAAGGAGAAAAUCAGGAAAAAGUACGAGAACAUGAAGCGGGUCCUGGACGAGGAUCUUAGGAUCACACUGACCCAGCUGGACAUCGAGUAUGAGGCCACAGAGAAGUUAUUGGAGGACAGAAUAGAGGACUGCUACCACCUCACUCAGGAACUGGACCAGGAACUGUCCAACAUUGGCGCCCAAGUGAAAACACAGGAAAUUGAAAUUCAGCAAGUCUUUGUUUUGUCUGAAACUAGAAUUUUUGAGACUCUGAAGCUGACUGACCCCGACCUAAUUCAGAUGGAUGAGUUCAAGAAUGAGCAACUACUGAGUCUCACCAUCAACCUGCUGCUGUUCAUCAGAUCCCAGGUCCCUGUCACCAAGAAGCUGUUUCAGACCUAUGCAGCAGACGUUGUCCUCGAUGCUGAAACUGCCCACCCAAAGCUGAUCAUCUCUCCCAAAGGCGACUCAGCCACCUACACGGACACCUGGCAGGAUGUCCCAGAGACCACCUCCCGCUUUGACAACACCCUGAAUGUAGUCAGCCAGGAAGGCUUCAGCGAGGGCCGCCAGUACUGGGAGGUGGAUGUGAGUGGGAAGACCUACUGGGAGCUGGGGCUCACCUACCCGAGCAUCCCGCGCAAGGGCCGCGAGGAGGACUCCUGGCUGGGCCGAGGCAAAGAGUCCUGGUGUGUGGAAUACUUUAAUGGAGACUACACGGCCUGGCAUGGGGGUGUCCAGUGUGAGCUGCCCGUGCUGGCAGGAAAGCAGUUCACUCGCAUCGGGGUGUACUGUAGCUUCCCCGGGGGUUUGGUGUGCUUCAUAGGAGCCGAUACUGUGACCCCCCUCCACUGUUUCUGCGCUGGGACCUUCACUGACACACUACAUCAAGCUUUGUGUCCUGGUCAUGACAACGAAGGCACGAACUGGAAGUCCCUUAUGAUCUGCGAUGCCUCUCGAUCUGCUCCUGUUCUCUGA